AAUUUAGUUUAGCUAACCCAACAGAACCGUCGUCGUUUCGUAACGUGAGAGAGAGAGAGAGAGAAGAGAAGCUCAUUUAACUCGCAAUCCAAAUCCAACUUUCAUCUUUUGAUCACUCCCGUAGAUCUGAGACAGUACCGACCGCUACAAACGUUGUCCGAAUGGCGUUCUCUAUUGAUCACUCCCUCUCAGAUCUAACCAAGCUCAGUCUCUUACCGAAGCCUCACGGACACGCCUCGGACAUGUUCCCCUUCCGUCUCUCCGUCUUCCCACGUGUCCACCUCUCUCACCGCACAUCCACCUCUCGCCUCCUCUCCUCCCUCGGAUCCAAAGUCGAUCCAAACGGCAGCGUUUUAAUCGAAACCACCACGCCCCCCUCCCCCUCCCCCGACGUAACCGGCGGAGUUCAAGACGUCUACGGCGAGGACGCCGCCACGGAGGACAUGCCCAUCACCCCCUGGUCGCUCUCCGUCGCGAGCGGGUACACUCUGCUGCGCGAUCCGCAUCACAACAAAGGCCUCGCCUUUAGCCAGAGGGAGCGCGACGCUCACUACCUCCGCGGGCUGCUUCCUCCCACUGUUAUCUCGCAGGAUCUUCAGGUGAAGAAGAUGAUGCACACGCUAAGGCACUAUCAGGUUCCUUUGCAGAGAUACAUGGCUAUGAUGGAUCUCCAGGAAACCAAUGAGAGGCUGUUUUAUAAGCUUUUGAUUGAGCAUGUUGAAGAGUUGUUGCCUGUUGUUUAUACUCCUACGGUUGGUGAAGCUUGCCAGAAGUAUGGUAGUAUAUUCUUGCGUCCGCAGGGGCUUUUCAUCAGCUUGAAAGAAAAAGGUAAGAUUCUCGAGGUGCUGAGAAACUGGCCCGAGAAGAAUAUUCAGGUCAUUGUUGUCACCGAUGGGGAGCGCAUUUUAGGUUUAGGGGAUCUUGGAUGUCAGGGAAUGGGAAUACCAGUUGGGAAACUUUCUCUGUAUACAGCUCUUGGAGGUGUUCGUCCAUCUGCGUGUCUGCCUGUAACAAUUGAUGUUGGGACAAACAAUGAGAAGCUGUUGAAUGAUGAGUUCUACAUUGGACUCCGCCAAAGGAGAGCUACUGGAGAGGAGUACUCUGAACUUAUGCAUGAGUUCAUGACAGCAGUAAAGCAGAACUAUGGCGAGAAAGUUGUUAUUCAGUUUGAAGACUUUGCCAACCAUAAUGCUUUUGACCUGUUAGCUAAGUAUGGUACAACACAUCUUGUUUUCAACGACGAUAUUCAGGGCACAGCAUCAGUUGUGCUUGCGGGACUUAUUGGCGCUCUUAGAUUUGUUGGUGGAUCCUUGGCAAACCACAGAUUCCUCUUCCUCGGUGCUGGAGAGGCUGGCACAGGAAUAGCUGAACUAAUUGCUCUUGAGAUAUCAAAGAAGUGUCAAAUUCCAUUGGAAGAGGCUCGGAAGAAUAUUUGGCUUGUGGAUUCGAAGGGUUUGAUUGUCAGUUCCCGUAAAGAAUCUAUUCAACAUUUCAAAAAGCCUUGGGCUCAUGACCAUAAACCGAUAAAGGAACUUGUUGAUGCAGUCAAGGCAAUCAAGCCAACCGUUUUAAUAGGAACAUCAGGAGUAGGUCAAACUUUCACUCAAGAAGUGGUGGAAACCAUGGCAGAGCUAAAUGAGAAACCAAUCAUCCUUUCUCUUUCAAACCCAACUUCUCAGUCAGAAUGUACAGCAGAACAGGCUUAUACGUGGAGUAAGGGACGUGCUAUCUUUGCAAGUGGAAGCCCAUUUGCACCUGUAGAGUAUGAGGGGAAGACGUUUGUUCCUGGACAGGCAAACAAUGCUUACAUAUUCCCUGGGUUUGGACUGGGGCUAAUAAUGUCAGGGACCAUUCGUGUUCAUGAUGACAUGCUUCUGGCAGCUUCAGAAGCUUUGGCUGAGCAGCUGAAGGAAGAGCACUACGAGAAGGGGAUGAUAUUCCCUCCUUUUAGGAAUAUCAGAAAAAUCUCAGCUCGUAUUGCAGCUAAAGUGGCUGCAAAGGCCUAUGAACUUGGAUUGGCGACGAGGUUGCCUCAGCCUAAGGAGCUGGAGAAGUGUGCUGAGAGCAGCAUGUACAGCCCUUCCUAUCAUAGCUACCGCUAAGGGGAUAAAAGCUUACACACUCAUUCUCAUUACUCCUCCCAUUCUUUCUUUAUCUUCAUAUAUGUGUUUGUUAUCAUCACCAUUCGAAAUAAUCUACUAAAACUGCUUCUCUAGAGUUUAGACUCUCUUGUGUUUGUAGUCAUGUUAUGUUGUUUAGCAUCUUGAUAUAAACAUAUGUGCAACUGAUUUCAUAUGAUUUUCCUUUUAGGAAAUUUUCAUGAUAAUCCAUUUUUUUGUGAAA